UUCCUAAACACCGAAUUGUGAAUACGUGCUCUGUUUUUGUGCAGUCGAUGCCGUCGAUCUUAGCGGUCCACAGAAUUAUUAUUCUUGUUUCGGAAUGGUUCUCUAGUAAAAUCAAAUUUGAUUAUCCAGAACAUAGGAACUAAUAAAACUGGAUCCUACUCCGAUAUAUUGGUGGCGUAAAUUGUCCUGACCACCAGUGUUUCUAUCAGUUAGUAACAAAAAUGUUGAUGACGGAACUUGUGCAACUGAUUCUUCUGUUUGGAUCUGGAUUAAUAUUUAUCCUGUUGAUAGUAGUCGGAAUAAUUCUCAAAAUCACCACAACACCGUUCCCCAAAAUUGUUCGACGGAAGGAAGAAUAUUUUUUCCUCAAUUCAAAGACCAAUGAAAAAGAAAAGUUUCCGUCGCUCGAAGAUCAACCCACACUCGAACUUAGUGUCAUUGUUCCUGCAUUUGACGAGGAAAUCCGAAUACCCCAAAUGCUGGAUGAAUGUCUCGAAUAUCUAGAGAGUAGACAAAAAUCUGAAAAAUCGUUUACCUAUGAAGUGAUCGUGGUCAGCGAUGGGAGCAGGGACAAAACGGUUGAAGUCGCUCAAAAGUAUUCCGCGAAGUAUGGUUCCGACAAAGUCCGGGUACUGGCAUUAGUCGAGAACCGAGGUAAAGGAGGAGCCGUACGAAUGGGAAUGCUAAGUGCCCGGGGAAAGUAUGUGCUCUUUGCGGAUGCGGAUGGUGCGACCAAAUUCGAUGAUUACGGGAAACUUGAGCAAAGUAUGGAAAAACUAAGCGAUGGUGAUCACAAUCGAAAUGCGAUCACGAUCGGCUCGCGAGCCCAUUUAGAACAGGAGGCAACGGCCAAGCGGACGUUGUUUCGCACUGUGCUGAUGCACGGUUUUCACUUCUUGGUGUGGACAUUUGCCGUGAAAAAGAUUCGGGACACGCAGUGCGGAUUCAAAUUGCUGACCAGAUCGGCAGCACGGAAGGUAUUUGCCGUGAUGCACGUGGAGCGAUGGGCUUUCGACGUGGAGCUUUUAUUUAUUGCACAAUCGUACAAUAUUCCGAUCGAUGAAGUCGCCGUCAACUGGACCGAAAUUGAAGGAUCAAAACUGACGCCCUUCUGGUCCUGGCUGCAGAUGGGACGGGAUCUAAUUUUUAUCUGGUUCCGAUACGCCAUCGGAGCUUGGCAGUUGAAAAAAGAACACGUUAAUUAAAUUGCGUGUACAGUCUUAUUCCUCUUUUAAUUUAAGUUUAGGAUAAGCAAAAUUUGAAAAUUAAAUAUUUUAUUCAGAGUUUUCUUGAAAGAAUUCUCCCAUUAAAAACAAUACAAAAUAUAUACGAAAACUCUUA